AUGGCUACACAGUUGUCCGCAGACGACGGCAUGGAGACCGAAGCGAAGCGGCGUCUCGGGCCGCACGUGCAGCGCCGCGGCGACGGCUUCACCGAGGCCGAGUCCAUGGGCAUGCUGCAGCUCGUGCGCAGCCACUGGCGCGAAGGGUGGGACGUGGUGGCGCAGCUGCACAACCAGCAGUUCUCCAAGCACAACCGAUCGGCUGACUCGCUCAAGAAAAAGUUCUCGCGGCUGUACCGGUCCAACGUCCCAUUGCGUGGCGCUAAGAACUACCAGGCGAUUGCGUUUGCCCACGUUGUGCACAAGGAGAUGGUCGAGGGGGUCGCGCCGGCUCCGGAUGCGGCGGCGGCGGCUGUCUCGAGCGUUCCGGACGAGCAGACGGAGCAGAGCGAGAGCGCGUUUCAGCCACCACAGGACCACGAGCGCUUACAGGACGGAGGAGGCACUGAGCCAGAGAAAAUCUGGACGGACACACCGUUGGAGACCCCCCUGCAGCAGCGACUGGCGCCAACGGCUGUGUUUGCAGCGGAUGCACAUCCGUUGCCGAGUGACGACUUGCUCACGUCCGUGCUGAAAGUCAUUUUGCGCUCGCAAUAUCAACGUGACUUGGACCGGGAAGAAGAACGCAUUCGUCGGGCAGAGGAGCGACAACGGCGUCGGGAAGAGGCCGAGCAGCGGAGACAGGAGGAAGAGCAGCGACGCGAUGAAGAACGUGAAGAGCGGCGUCGACGCAGCGAAGAGCGCGCCGAGGAGCGAGACGAAAACCGCCGCCGACACGAGCAGUUUAUGCAGAUGAUGAUGCUGCUCGUGAGCAAGAAGGAUGCGGACGAGCAGCGAAACAACGAGUGUUAA